GGCAAUAUUUUUAGUCGUUCGUGCUAGAUUGGGGAUGAGUAGCCCAACACACAUUCCUCGGUUAAGGGAACAUUUCAAGUUGCCCUACGUCAGCAGCAACCUCUGUCUCAGCAGCCAGUUAAACAAUACUUAAACUUUUAGACGACUUGUUUGUUACAGCUUAAUAAAUCACAUAUCCCUUUCAGGACCCACUGAAAUGUAGACCUUGUCCGUAUUUCGUGUUGAGCUACCGGCGAGCCCCCCCCCUCUUAUUGGGACAUUCGUGUUGGUUAGGCACUGGACAGGAAAAGACGUUUUCCUGGAGAACAAUGUCUGCUCCCUGCUAAGAGUUCUCAGAAGUCUGCAGCGUUAUGAAUAGGUCUGACAGUCUGGAUGAGGUUCCACUGAAGAGGGGAUACAUACAGACAGAGAGAGAGAGCGGGAGAGAGAAAGAGAGAGAGAAAGGCAGUUUACGCACAGUCACUAGCUGGGAAAGGAUGCAUCCCUGAAAAAUGAUCAUUUAUCUGCAUCAAACGUAGAAGACUAGAGUAACAUCAAAGAAGAGAGUGUGUUUAAACUCUAUGGGACCCGACACAUUGCAUAACAGGAAUAAGCCUUUCAGAACCCAGCAGUACUGAGAAAGGACUGGCCACGCAAAUGCAUACCUCCCAAACAGUUGUCAAAUAAAUCUUGCUCUGGAAAUAGCAGCACACACAACACCACACCCAAUCAGCCAUGUCCGAGUACAAAGACACCACCAAUCGCCACUUGCGCCACAAGCUCCAGAGCCUGGGCCGUCGUCUGGAUGAGCUGGAGGAGGCUACCAGUAAGCUCCAAAAGGCAGAGGAUGAGCUGAUUGACCUCCAGGAUAAGAUCAUCCAGGCCGAAGGCAGCAACUCGUCUCUUCUGGCCGAAAUUGAGAUACUGAGGAAACGUUUGCUGAAGAUCGAGGGCAAGGAUGAGGAGAUUCGCAAGGCAGAGGAUCUGUGCCGCUCGGUCCGGGAGAGGCUGGAAGAAGAGGAGCAGCUGACAAAAGGACUGAGGGUGGAGAUAGAACGACUUAAGGCAAGAAUGGCUGAGUUGGAGAAGCUCGAGGAAGCUUUUGGGAAGUGCAAGUCAGACUGCACCCAGCUUUGCCUAAGCCUCAAUGAGGAGAAGAACCUCAACCGAAAGCUUUCCACCGAGCUGGAGGCUCUGAAGGCUCGCCUUAAAGAGGUGGAUGCCUCGGAGAUCCGUCUGGACAAGGCCGAGCAGGCCCUCACCGCCGAGCUGGAGAGGCUUAAGGGUCUCACUCAAGCCUUCAUGAGUGAGCGGAAAAGGCUUUUGGAGAAACAGAGGGAGGACGGGAAGAUGAUCCAUAAGCUCACUGAGAAACUUGAGCAACAGAAGAACCGGAUCAGCUCAGAGGAGGUUCGCAGGGAUUCCAGAGACCUCCGGAUUGAGGAUGAACUCUCAACAGGCCUCAUCAGGAAGAAGAGCCUUGACUACCUGAAGUUCACCGACGAUGCCGGGUUGAGAAAUAAAACGGAGAACGAGAAGAACAGUCUGGAGGGUCAAGAGGACAACAAGGUCAGGGACCUGAACCAGGAAGUCGAGAAGCUGAAGAAUCGCCUGAAGCAGCUGGAGCUGGUUGAGGAAGACUUGAAGAACACAGAGUCUAAAAACUCAGAGCUGUUGGAGAAAUUCCAGCAGGAGAAGAUCCGAAGCCAGGCCCUUGCCGAGCAAGUUGAGCAGCUAAAGACACAGAUAUACGGCACUGGCAGCAAUGGAGGUGCAGGCAACGGCACAGCGAAGGUCCUGGAGAAUGGCAAGGUGGAGAAUGAGGAUAUAAACGUCCGGGGAGGAUUCCGUCAGGAGAAGCCGAAAUACAGGAGCGCUGCUGCUGCGGAGCCUCUCGCUUCCAAGAACAAGAGCCGAGACGUGUCCCCCCACCAGAGGAAAGAGACCAAACUGCGAAGUAAGGAUCUUAGUCACUCAGCAGAAAGCUCUCCCAAGUCUGUCAGGAGGACACUGAGUCCCGCACACAAAAGCAGACGAGGCCUGAAGGCGGGGACCUCUCCAGCUCCUGACAAUGGCCUGAAAGAAAAAGGAAGAGGAUCUGAAGAGAAAAUGGCUGGAGGUAUUCAGGCGUCCAACGUUGACAGCAAGAAGGUCUCCGUUCUCAGCCGCUACCCCCCUGCUGCUAACGAUCAAAAACCAUGGAAGGCCCCUCUGAAAACAAGCGAAAGUGAUGGUAAGAAGACCCGGGUAGACAAGUUCUCCAAGUUGUAUGUUGGCAGUGACAGCGAGUCCAACAGUUCAGAUGUGGUGCCCGUGACUUCUAGCAAGGCUGUGGCUGCUCUCUCAGCCGAAAAAGACCCUGACCCUGAGGUGAUUGAGAAUCCCUCCCAGGAUUCCUCAGCAGAAUUGAACAUCUCCAAGGCUAAUGGUUCCUACACCGCAUAUCGGUCCAAUAUUUCCCCUGUUGUAGCCAGUGACCAGGGAUCUGAGGGUCACUCUUCAGCCUCAGAGAGUGAAUCCACUGGAUCAAGGCCAUCAGUAGGGGACCAGGAAUAUUUAUCUGCCACAGCAAGUGGCAGGUCUGCCAAUCCCAAGUAUCCCAGAUACUCCCGUGUACUAGACUCCCAUUCGGAAGGGUCCUAUACCAGAAGCUCCUAUGAAGAGGAAGUGCACAGGGCUGUGAUGGCUGAGGGGGGCUCCCUGGAACCCUCUGAAACACUCUCAGCGAUUGAAAUUAGGAGGGUCUGCAGUCCACGGGAAGCACUGAGGUCCAAGGCAGUCAUCAAGCCAGCAAUCGUUGAGAGCGACCGCAAAGAGGUCAUGGGUGGGUCGGGUGGCAGUGCGGAACCUCUGGCGUCUAGCGGCAAACCCAAGAUCUCCACCAAACCGGUCCUGACCAGUAAGAUGACGAGCAGCAUCACCAUCUACCCCAACGAUCCAAGCUCAUCCCGAACCAGCAGCAGGAGCAGUAGUGUGUGCAGCGAGCCGCUGGCGAGAGAGCGCCACACGUCCACCAGCAAUAUCAUCAUCAGCCCCAGCGAGCACCGUGGCAGUGUGUCCAUCCCUUAUGAGAUCUCCAUCCCCAAGAGUGAGAUCACUCUCAGGUCGUGCCAGGACGGAGCUGACGCCGCCGACCCUGCCAGCAUUGUGGAAACAGCCCGUGUGGAGACACACUUAAGGUCCCGGAGCAGCUUCAGCUUGCAAUCUCCUGAGAGCACCUCCGAUUUUAACAACGACACAGAGUCAGGCUUCGAGAGCAGCAGUAGCAGCAGCACCACAACAGUCACCAGCUGGAGAAGUCAUGGGCAGAACCACCACCACCACCACCAUUACCAACAUCACCACUCCUCCUCCCAGGACGACUGCCUGCCCGAGAUGAGGAACGUCACCGUCCGGAGCACCUGGAGGAACCGUGAGGCCUUGUCUGUGGACGAGGUCAGCCGCGCUCCCCGACAGGAUGGCUCGGAGGACGAAUCAGAGUCUACCUGGAGGGCGUAUCGUGCCACUACUGUGUUGGACACAGAGGAGACGGUCCCCCCUCCUCCGAAUGCAGAGGGGCGUGGAGGAAAGCUGAGUCCGGCUGAGGUGUACAUGCGGAGGAUCACCGGCAGGGAGGCCCAGGAGCCAGGACAUCGCACCAGGGCCACAGCAUCACCCUCCGACAGUGGGGUGGGGAGGACUGUACCCCACGAGCCUGUCAGCUCAAAGGAGCGCCAAGCCUGGAGCCGAAAGCACCCCACAGCGUCGGACGAGAGCGAAGCACAGCCAAGUUCAUUGAGAAGGCCGUUGCCCGCAACCCUUGACCCCUACGAGCGGUCGUCCAGGACGGACAGCGGCAGUGGCGGUGGCGGCGGCGGCGGCAGGAUGCCGUUGUCUAGCAGGAGCGUGGUGGGUCGAACGCCAGACCGGAGCAGGGUGUGCGGCAGCCGACACUUAGACAACUGACCCCGCGGACGCCGUCUCCCUCGCACGAUCUGUCUCUUUCAGAACAGGCCCUCAUAUGCUGGGAGUGAACCUCAAGCGCACCCUUUGGAAAACAUCAGUGGCUCUCUUCAAAAAAAAAGAAAAAGAAAAAAGAAGAAAAAAAAAACAGAAGAAAAACACACACACGCCCUCUGCAUUAAGUUAUUCAUAGAGGCACAAGCCCCUGCUUUAACUGUCUUGUGAGUGUUUGACCAGCUUCAGCACCUCUUCCUCCCCCUCACCUCCUCGCCAUCUUCCUCCUGCACCGGCCGUUCCACACUACCACAGAUGGACAUCAGCCAACUUGCACGGCCCUUCUACACAGCCCCUCUGCUUCCUGAAGAGGACAGAUACAUGGGACUCCUCACAUGUGAUGGGUGGGAAAGGUGUGUUUGUGUGUGUGUGUGUGUGUGUGUGUGUGUGUGUGUGUGUGUGUGUGCCACGAGGCCAUCCCUGCCACGAGGAUGAUGGUCAUGGUUGACCUCACACUGCACCUGAAGUGAGAGCUGAUUGAUGGUGAUGGACUCCUGACACCGACACUAGCAGUGGAUUAUCCUCCCAGGCCAUCAGAUGGAUUAGGAGCAUUUUAGGGACACUCCAGGCUAAUUCAUAUGGUUUUAAUCAUGUCUCAUUCAUUUGGGUCACACCCCACGUUAAUCCAGUUCCUCUUUCUAGUUUGGUUUGUUUUGUUUAGCUGUACACCCUAAGGGGGCAGAUAGGCACCUGGGGGUCAUUUCUUUUUUUUAUUUGACCCUGCGGUGUCCCUUUGCCUCAACACGUCUCCAAAUGCACAGAGGUUUUCAGACAGGCCUGAGUAAAACUCAAUCUGGGGGCCAAGUCUAGAUCCGUCGCCAAUGCAAGCAACCAUAUGCCCGGGUUUUCCCGCUCAUUAAUUACCGUGUCGACACGUAAAACCAGAAACCCCAACACAUCUCAGUUUGAAAUGAAACUCAGGCGAAACUUAAAGGUUUGCCUGUAAUUUCACCAGCCGUUUAGAAUUGCCACUUUGCCGCGUUUGGUAAGUCACCAUAUUAUACAAAUUAAAAGUGUCAUAUUUCCACGGUAAGGAAAGUGCUGGCAUUUCCAUGAUCUCUAAUUAGGCUCUAAAGUCAGGCACAGCGUUGGUGACGUAGCUGAAAAGACCUUGGAUCUCCCGUAAUCGUGCAGAUGGAUCAUGAUGUGGCAACCCUGAAGGGGCACGGUGUUUUUGCGCCAUCGCACACCCACGAUGUGUCCUAUUCACGGUCAAUCCAGUUCGAGGGUCACGGUCUGUAGCUAUGUUUUCAUGCUCAUCCUCUGUUUCUUUCUUUUCUUUUGCCAUGGGAGGGGGGGAGGGGGGGAGGAGGAGAUCUGUAGUUCAGUCCUUGGUUGCAUCUCUAAAUGGCUGUAGACGUCCGCUAUUGGCUUCUCUCUCCUCUCCUGUCUCUCUGUCCCCAAAUCUGAGACAAAUACUGAGAUAUUAAAGAUGGAACAAAAGAGAAAAGAUGGAAGCCACUGGCUCCGUGUUGGAGACCACCCUCCAGCUAAUCUCUGCAGAAAGGGGGGAGGUGGCGUUGGCGUCAGGUCUCUAACUGCACACCCACCUCUUCUCCUCCUCACCCGCCAGUGGAGCUGUCUCCACAGCGUGGCCCUCUUCACCAGACGGUGGCAGACUCUGGCGCGCGUCGGGCUCGGGUCUGGUCUGGAUACGGCCCAGAUCCGGUGGAGAUUUCGGUCCAGAGUCUGCAGGGCUGCAGUCUCAGAGCUUGCUUUGAGGACGGGUGGCUCCACUCGGCCCGUGCCAAGACUAAAGAGCUGAGACUGGAAUCCGGGCCGUGACGAGUGCUUAGGUGCUGCUGCAGGAUGUGAACUGGAUUUGUAUUUGUUUGUUUUUGUUUUUCUCUCUCGCAAAACUUUGCACAGACGGCUGAGAGCGGACUUUCCCCCAUCCACGGCUCAUUAUCCCCACAGGGGGGCGUGGCGGGCCACAGGAAGGAAGUCCAAGUUUGGGUGGAGACUGAGUCAGUGCAGAUGUGACUGGGUUCGCAGUGCGAAUCGACAAGUAUCUAACGUUUUUUAUUUUUUAUUUGUUUCCUCUGUAUCUCUUUGUUGUAUUUCAUCCUCCCAUGCAGGUCCAUUGGUCUGUCACAGGGCUAUGACACCUUUUAUGUGGAGAUGAUGAUGUUGAUAUUUGACAUGGGUUUGACAAAAGUGCAAGAUCCUUAACAGUAUGAUCAGUUGCAGCCAAUAGGUUAAUUAAAAUGAGCAGUGACUAUGGCAUCAGACAGGCCGGUCACUGCCUUGAACAGAGUUGCUCCGGACGGGCCUCUCUAAAGUGUUUCAUGCAAGAAGGUUGUGUGUGUGUAUAUGUGUUGGGGAGGGGGGUCAUCUCUGUACUCUUUUAGCCUGAGCUCCACCUGUCAACAACUCCUCUUUUUUUUUUUAAACCCUGAUUUUGUACCUGAUGUUAUUCCAUGUAUGUAGAGAUGUUUUCCAUUUUCACUUUUGUGUUGCGAUUCAGAGAGAUUGAUGGUAUGGUGUGUGUGUCUGUCUGUCUGUUUGUCUCUCUGUCUGUCUCUCUGUCUGUCUCUCUCUCUCUGUCUGUCUGUGAGAGAGAGUUCAUCCCAGCCAUAGGUGCCCUUUUAGUUUGUUAAAAGUGUUAAGAGAUCUGGGGAACGUAUCAGGUGUCAGCCAAGUAAGCAGUCAAGCAGGUAGCCAUGCUCUAUCCACCGCAUGUUCCCUCCACACACACACACACACACACACACACACACACACGUAGUGUAACUUCAGCUCCUUGAGUUUUCACGAUUUUCUUCCAGUAUUUCGAUCUGUUCAUCCUUCACAUGCUUUACUUGUAACCUACACGCACACACACACACUCACACGCAUGCGCGCACACUCCCUCUUUCAGAAAUGUCCAUCCUGCUCCUCACAGCGUACCAGUUUAGUUCCUUGCGGUGUUUGCAGUUUAGACUGGACCGUCUCCCAUCAACCUGUUGCUAAAUAUACCCCCCUGUGUGUGUCCUCAGAACAGUGAACAGUGGUGUCACAUGGGGUGGGUAGCAACAGGAACUUCAGAUGAGAACAUGAUGAUGGGAUGAUCUCUUUUUAUGUUUUCUUUGAUCCACUUUUCAUUGGACAAUAUCUCUGAACCACUUUAAAGAGGUUCCAGGUUAGGUUUUUAGAAGUGUCUAUUUGAGCUUGUUUCAGCUCUGGGAGUUGACCCCGUACAGACUGUGUCCAGCUGGGGAGGGUUAGGUCCACCAGUCUCUAACUGUGCACAAUCAAGAAAUGUGCAGCCCUUCCACCAUCUGACUGAAUUAGCUGAGAACCACAAGGAGAUAGAACCACCACUCCUACUCUCCAUCAGCGCUCCUCACUCAAGACACACACAGACACACACACGCUUACCAAGACCCCCUCAAACGCCCCCCAAUGUCCUCUUCUCCCCCAAAUGCAUGCUGAGCUCCAUGAUCUCCAUGACCACAAGUUUUUUUUAUUAAACAAAUUCUCUUAGCUGCUUAACCCUUCAGCAGGGGGAGUUCUAAUCAAAGAAUGCGUUCAUUAACAAUGGAAUAUUCUACAACAUUCUAAACCCACCGGUGUUGGUCUCUCCAAUGGUUUCGGCCCAUCCCAACCCAGACUCCGAUCAGGGUUUGACUCCCCCCCCCCCCCCCCCCCCCCGGGCAGCUGGCAGUUGAGAGGUUUCAGGCUGGAGCCAAUCCUGUUUUUCCGAGAGAUCUUUGGGGUUAUAAAUACAGGAGGAAGCUGGACAGUUUGGCAGGCAUGUCCAUCCCAGGCAGUGGGGGCAGUUUGGCAGCCGCGUCCUGGGCUGGCCUAGCGGGGGGUGGGGUGGGGGGUAGUUUGACAGCCGCGUCGAACCCCAAACAGGGCUGCCGGAAAUGACCCGGACCGAGCAGCCAGUGCUACUGGCCAGAAUCAGCCCUCUGCAUGUUGGAACUUGCUUGCUCUCCUUCUUUCUCUCUCUCUUUCCCGGUUCCCUUUUUUCUGUUUGUCUUUCUUUUUCUCUCCCUUCCUUUCCCUUCCCUUCUCUCUCUCUCUCUAUCUGCCAAGUGGGCCCAAGUGCAGUGGCUAUAAAUGAAUGGCAGUUAAUGCGCAGCUUCCUGAGCCUGACACGUCUGCACAGAAGGGACUGAGAAAACACACGCACACACACGGACGGCAGCAAGCCUCUCACACUCUAUCUCCGUCCCCAGACAUGCCUUGUUGACCCCGGGCCACGUUUCCGUUCGCGACGCUAGAUACAUCCUCCUCAGAUGGUGGGGUAGCCCUUUAAGCAGUGAGAGGCUGGGGGCUCCCAGGAAGUGUGCAGCUGUCGGAAACUGUAGUUUUUAUGUGCUGGAGAUUCCUCUUAGGCGAAGGGCUUGAAAAGGGUGCCUUAAAGGUCAAGUUUGUGGGUGCGUGUGCGCGUGUGAGACGGCUGUUUUCCCUUUCAGCAAGGACCUGUAUAUUACCCCUCUCCCCCAAAUAAAUACACACACUCACAAACACACCUACACGCACAUGUGUAUGCCCCCCCCCCCCCCAGCCCCUAGCACUCAUCCUGUCAUCACCUUACUUGCCCCCCAAUAUAUCCUGCUAUAUAGGCUGCACAUUUUCAGAGGAGUGGUUUCCAAGAACACCACCUGCAAGAGCUGACCAAAUGAUGUGGAGUAGAGACCCCGUGUUUAGUGUGAAGCAGUUUUGGUUGCCUGCUGAGCUUGAUAAUCUACUGAACCUAUUUCAGCUAUCAAGCAAGUGCAAGUACUUUUUCCGAUCCGAGUUUAUCUAAGCUCAUUUAUUUAAGUCGACUUGCCAGGGAUAGAAUUCCAAGCUCUUUUUGUUGUUGUUGUUGUUGUUGUUGUUGUUUGUUCGUUAUUUGAUCCGUUGCUACAUUUACCUGCCAACCCAACACACAAACACACACUCUUUCACACAUACAUUCACUCACACGUACACACAUACACACACACACACACACCCCCCCUUUUAGAAAAUGAAUCCUGAAUGGAGGCUACUUAGCAAUGUACAGGCCCCGUGGCGUUCACACCCUGAUAUGAUGAGUUGGCAUGUGUCCUCAAUGGCCCCUUUAAGAAAGGAGGGGCAUAGUGCCAGGGGACCUCAGGGUCACUGAUCUGCACUUAACUAGCACUUAAAUCCCAUUCAAAAUUAAGCCCCCUUUAUUUCUCCUUAACAGGGGUUUGUUGUUUCUCUCUCUCGAUCUCUCGUUUCUUUUCUGUUUGUGUAAAAGUAUAUUACACUUUUUUCCUAUUUACUGAAUGUAUGGCCUUCUGAGAUAUGUGUGUAUAUAGUAUGUGUAUUUCUUUUGCACUGGCCAAAAUGAAAUUAGUUAAAUUGCUUGGAGCAAUUGCAGGACGACUCCUUGAGAGGAGUUGCAGAUUUGUUAAGUUUGUACAGACGACAAAAGUGCUAAUUUUUUUUUUUCUUUUCUAAUUGUCAUCAUUUCUUAAAGCACGGAGCUUUGAUCUGUCCCGUGCUUCGACCUUCUAAUAUUUGUGCCAAAAUCAUUCCAGAAGAUAUCCAGUUUACAGUUUUAACAGGUAUGUUCAGUUGUGUUGGAAUAAAGGGUAAAUAUUUGAUUUUGUCUUUCAUUUAGUCAACUUAUCCAUCGUUUUCUGACGAUGUAUGUUUUUUAAAGCGAAAAAGAUGUCUUAUUUUGGAACCUGUGCUGGAGAAGUUUUAUUUAAAAAAAUCAUGUAAUUUUGUAAAGUGGGCCUACUUUGAGCUAUUUGGCAUUUUGUUUCCCUUUUUAAUGUUAAGAUUGUAUUUUUUUUGUCAUUCUUUCUCUUUAAUACACUCCUGGAGAGUAAUUCUUGAAUGCACGGGAUCUUUCAAACCCUACGGGUGUGUUUGGGUUCCCAGACCAGGUAGAGUGUGUGAGAGGCCUGAAUGAGAAUAUGAUCGAUGGGGUGAUUGAUUGAUCAACUGAUUGAUCUAUGUGAUUGGAAGUUGCCUGCUUAGUAUUGACUCUCAUCAUCUGUUCUGAGGUGCGUCUCCUGAAAGCACCAUCGUGCAACGGCCAUCAUUAAACAGUAGUCUCUAUCAUUUUAUACAGACUGUCUCUUAAGUUACUGUGGUCAAACGCCGGUGCUUUGGGGAGACUCGCCCCGGUUCAGGAGCCACUCAGACUUCCCGCUCCCUCUGGCUGUCCCCAGCCCAACCAUCCCUUUGUUAGUGAAAUCAGGGUUUGCUCACAGUGUCCUGUGUAAAAGAGCGCUGCCAAAGAAAGUGAUGUUCAGGCCUUAACACACAAACACACACACAAACAAACACACACACACACUCCAGGUGUCACACAUGCAUGUGUGUAUGUCCCUACAUCCACACACUACAAAGCAUGGAAAGAACAAAACACUUUAGCAUGAACUCUCAUUUAAAAAUGACACCGCCUGUGCCAUAAACACACACAGACACACAGACACGCACGUGCACACACACACACACACACACACACACACAGGCAUAUCUUACCCAAGUAUACCAGACGCACACAAAAAAAUGUGGGCCUGUCCAAUCACAUAAGGGAGUUUGACAUUGGUAUUUGGGUUGUAUUUUUUUAAUAAAGCAGUGUUUGUAAAAUGCAUACUCCCUACCACCCUCUCCAUAGGGGUGGGCUAUGGCAAAUUGGCAAGCAUUGUUGCUUUGUGCUUCUCUGUAUAUCAGCAAUAGAGGGCCGCUAGUGCGGUCCACCUCUCUGUUCUGGUCAUGUAAUUCUUUGUGCAUGUGUAAUCUUCUCGUGAGCUGCAUGUAGGACUCUUAAGCUCCCUCGCUGUACAGGAGACUAUGUAUUCCAGUUCAAUAAAAAGCAACCUAUUUGUAACA